AUGACUUCACAAAGUGCUAAGUUAUACUAUAACAGGCUGAUCACCGAGGGUGAAAAUAUAAGUUUUAAUGAACAUAGGCAACUUCCUCCAUUCUAUGAUCGAAUUAAAUACAAAAGAGGACAAUCCUUCUUUAGAGAAUACUUUACAUCUAUAUGCUUAAAUUACAUUGUCGGUUUAGCAAUGGGAUUGUCCGACCCUAAAUUAAAUUUCAUUUUAAGACAUACGAAUAAUUCGAGUAAACCAAAAACCGCCUACAAAAGAUAUUACUUAGUCGUUAAGCACCUUUUAAUAUGGAUGGAGGAGGAUUUUGAAAGUUCGACGGUGUGGAAAUCGUUAAAAGUUGUCCAAUCCAAACAUGCUAAAGCCAACAAAUCAACGAAGAUGAUCAAUCAGAGAGAUCUGGGAUUGGCUACCAUGGGAUUCCUUUGUCCAAUUCUUGUGAAUCUCGAAAUUUUUGGCAUGGCAUCUGCAAAAACAGAAGAUUUGGAGGCAUUCUUGCACAUGUGGCGAAAUCUGUCUUAUGUUAUGGGUACCGAUGAUUCAUUCAACCCAUGUACCACAGAAUCUGUUGAUGUCGUGUCUUCUAUAUCGAGAGAAAUCGCCUUGCAUUGCGCUGGUUAUAUAAGUAAAAACAUGUGGGAGUAUCAUAGUAUGCUGGAUGCGUUCUGCAGAGGUUUCAGUAUACUGUUUCCAAUACCAAAUGAAAAAGUGAUGGUCCAAUACUGCUUAAAGAAUAUUGUUCAUAAUUGUGACCAUAAUUUCAACUGUCAAAUGGAUUAUACCUUAAGUCAGCAAAUUUCUUUAAAACGAAUGGAAGUAAUAGGUUAUAUUCAAAAGUUUAAAAUUGUGCGAUUACUGUGCAAUACCUUCGGUCGAUGGUUCGUCGAGAUGAAAAUGAUUUUUAAUAAAUUGUAGUCCUUGUAAUUUAACAAAUAAAAAAAAUAUUGAUAACUUAUUUGAAACGUAACAAAUAUCAUGGA